AUGGGUAAGACAAGAAAGUCACUAUGUGUCGUCUUGCCUUAUGCUUUUUCAGUUGCUAGCCUAAUAUGUCUUAUAUUCGCCAACCUAACGGGGUUUGGAUCAACUCUGGAGAAGAAAUUAACGGGACUCAUCUCACAACGGUCAGUCUUUGAUGAUUCCUUAGCCGCGGUAGCAGGGUCUACUUCAGAUGUUUCGUCAACACUGCAGGAUACAAGCAACACUGCCCAGAAUGCAGGCAACAGCGUCAUUGAUGGUGUGAUGGGAGCGGUGGGAAAUGCGGUAGAUGAAGCAAAAAAUCAGGCUCAGGAUGUUUCUGAUAAACUUGCUAAGAUAGAAUCUAAUAUAGAGGGAUACUACAUCAUCGGGCUUUGGGGAUACUGCCAAGGGAGCUUCAAUGAGACUGGUUCGACCGUCAGGAAAUGUACACCUCCAAGCUCGUCCUUCUGGUUCAACUUUACUGAAGUACUGGGGCUGGAGAGCUCAUGGGCAGAACAGAUAUUUCCUAGCCAAGUCGAAAAGGUAGUGAGCGUGUAUAAGGUGGCAUCGAAGGGAAUAAGCGCCACCUAUAUAACCGCACUUAUCACAACUGUACUCACCCUAAUUACGGGAUUAACGGCCAUGGUCUCCCACUGGGGAAGUUGCUUGGUCAGUAUAUGCGCAUUGAUAUCGAUGGUUUCUAAUAUAGCAGGGUCAGCAACAGUUACGGGGGUAUAUGUCUCGCUUGUCGGUGUCCUUAAAUCUGUGUUCUAUUCUGCUGGGAUCAAUGCAAGCUUGGGCCAGAAAAUGUUAGCAACUAGCUGGUUGGCUUCUUCGUUCUCUGUGGUGGCUUGUAUUCUCUGGUUGUUGAGUAUCUGUUGCUGGUAG